UCGCAGUGGUUGAGCGGACAGCAGCGACAGCAGCUCUUAAUUUCCAAUUAGAUGUAACGUACACGCUUUAAAUCAAAUUAUCAGGCUUUUCAUAUUAUUAUUGAGUCAUUUCUCGUACAAGUGCGCCCAAACUUCCAUCUGUUCCCGCGAGUCGGAUGUGCAGCUUCCAGGAGUGGAUAUGUACCAAGGAAUCAUGACCACCAACCACGGACACCCUUCUUACGAGGCCGGCUUUCUACAUAACAGCUCGACGGCCACGUCGCCGGUUUACGUGCCCACAAGCCGGGUGGUCACGCCGGUUAUCCCCGGCCUGCCUUACCUCCAGACGCCCGGUGCGUCGCAGCCGAGCACGCCGGCCUCCAGCCACUCCGCCUGGGCCCAGUCGGGCGUCGAGGCCUCGUACAAUCACUCCCCGGUGUCGCCGCGGUUUAGCUUCUCCGCGAGUCCGCCUCUCGCCUCCGGGGUCAAGGACCAAGCGGCGGCGGCGGCCUCGUACGGCAGCCCGCUCAGUAUCUCCGCCAACGGGCGAGAGUUAUACGGCGCCCGGGGACUCGGCGGUUCUUACCACAGCCCUUACCCGGCCUACAUGAGCACCAACGUGGGGGGAACGUGGUCCACGUCGCCUUUCGAGAGUCCGGUGCUCCACGGCCUGCAGACAGGUGCUUCAACGGGCGCGACGAGACACCCGAAUAUAGACCUUUUCGACGAUUUCGCCGAGGGCCGGGAAUGCGUCAACUGCGGCGCCAUGUCCACGCCGCUUUGGAGGCGUGAUGGCACGGGUCACUACCUAUGCAACGCUUGCGGGCUCUACCACAAGAUGAACGGCAUCAACAGACCUCUUAUUAAGCCUCAGAGGCGACUGUCGGCCUCUAGGAGAGUCGGGCUAUCGUGCACCAACUGUCACACUACCACAACCACUCUGUGGCGACGGAAUGCAGAAGGAGAGCCAGUCUGCAACGCCUGUGGCCUCUACAUGAAACUCCACGGGGUCCCUCGACCACUUGCCAUGAAAAAAGAGGGGAUCCAAACCCGCAAACGCAAACCUAAGAACCUGAACAAGAGCCAAACGGGCUGUGAGGGGACUCCAGUGACACCAAGCAGCACUCCCCGGGGUUCGACGUCCUCUUCCUCCUCGUCGGUCGCCUCCUCCAUGUCUGAGGAGGUCCGGCAGAUAAAGAUAGAACCAGAGACUCCCAGCUUGUACACACACCACAGUGCACACACGCAGAUUUCUGCUCUGCCAGCCUACAUGACAGCUCAAGGCGGGACCCUCGCUCUUAAAAUGCCCUCCGCGGGCCACGGCAGCUCUUCAGGCUCAAAAGCAGACGCAUGGAACAACCUCAUUCUGGCUUAGAAAACAACACCUGAGGACGUUUGAGCUGCGGUUCUGCAAAAAUGAUCCGACUGACGAUGGGGGAAGACGCAUCAAGGGUAGUACUGUGACAAGGUUCUUCUACCUGAGGACUGAUUUGAUUUGAAACUUUUUAACAGUCGCUGUAAUCACAAUUCCAUAUGUGACACAUUUACAGGUCAGAGUAAUAUUUCCAGGUCAGUAUUGGCAGAUUUAAGACAAAGUUGCACAUGCUGAGUGUGACAGAAACAAUGUAACUAGUAGAAAAGUUAAUACAUUUCAGGGUAACUUGGCCAGUUUUUCAAUAUUUAAUAAUAUAAUAUCAAUAAAAUAUGAUUUCCUAUACUAAUAAUAUGUCCACCAUGUUUUUGGAUGAACAAAACUGGCCAGGUUUUGCUUUAAAAGUGAAUUUUCAUAUAGAAAAAAUGACUAUGUAGCAAAACUAGAUUGUAAAUUGUUCUUCUUUUUGUGCAAUUUGACAAAAACAGUCCAUUUAAAAUGAUUUAUACUCUUUUUGAAGACAGGCAUCUUAACUAAAUUCACGGUUGAUGCUCCUUUAGAAUAAAUAUACACAAGAAUUCACUGGCUGCCAUGUAUGGCAGUAGACGUCCAAUAGACAUCCGGGUGAAAAUGGAUUGGACGUGUAUCGCUGUCAAUGGCACUCAUGGGGAUGAAUAUUUUUGUGCCUGACAGUAAUGUUGGAAAACCUGUUUUAAUAUUUAUUUCCAAAGACAACACAAUCAAUGAUGCAGUUAUGUUAGCUAGGGUAAAAAUGACUGUACAGUAUUUUUGUGGCAAGUGUGUAAAUGUGGUAUACUAUAUUGCUGCAUGUAAUUAACCCUAAAGCAGCAACUUUUAUUUACAUAUAUGUAAAGGCUUGUCACUCCAGUAUAUAUAUACAAAAAUUCACAAGUUGGGCUGUAUUGCAAAAAGAAACCCAUAAAAUGCACUAGCAUGACACUACCUAUGAUACCUUCUCUUUCUGGCUCGAAUGGCACGCAAUGCAAAAGUGUUGAGUUGUCAAUUAUGUUUAAUA